GCAUUGUUUACGAAUCAGUGAAAAUCGUAAAACGACGUUUGCGUGUUUCUGCGAUCACCGCCUUUCCAUAUUUACUAAUUUCAACAUUCGAAAUAUAUUCAAUAGUAAUCCAUUUAUGCAAUGGCAAGCAGAACGUUUAUGCUUUUGGGCCAAGUAAUGCCUUGUAUCAAACAAAACGCCUCCAAAAUUCGGAUUCGUCGAAUGGAGCUUGACACUAAUCUUAACAUGUAUUUCAAAAAGGAUGAAUUUUACUUUGUGCAUGACCCAACGAAAAAGUGCAAAACCGGUGACGUUGUACUAAUCAAGGAGCUACCACAGAAGCUAACACGAUUGAUUACCCAUUCGCUGGAGGAAAUCGUUUACCCUCUGGGCGAUGUGACGGAUCCCAUUACCGGAAAGAAAGUAACCGUAGGAAAGUACCGUGACGAUGUAGAGGAUGCAAAUCGAUUAUACGGCAAGUCGGCGCAGGCAUUCGACUAUGACAAGGCACCGCCUAGAGGACGCCUGGAAGGCACGCGCGAUUUUACUCAUGGAGAGACCUAUAUCAAAUAUCACGAGGAUGGAAAGGACCAACCGUUUGCAGUGUGAAACAUGUGUGUGUCAUCAGAAAUGAAUUGACUACUGUUCAACCGUUUCAAAACUACUAGUGUACAAUUGAUGGAAUAUAACUUAAAGCUGUCCUAAAGAUUAGAAA